GAAUUAGAAAUAGACUUCCCUAACAAAAGACCCGAAGCGGGUCGGUCUUGCCAAGCGUCCUACCUCCUUGGGCUGAAACCUAGGUAGGUGCUAGGUAUAACCGUGUCGCCGGCCUUCCCUGAUGCUUUAGUCCAACUUUAAAUGGACAACAGCCUUCUUCUCUUUCGAGUAGCAUAAAUGUAAGGAGUAGCCGUAAUCUUCAAUGCUUUAGGAUCUCCCUUCAGACUCAGUCGGAUGUAAAUUCAUACCUACCUAAAUAUUCAAGUGCCUUAAGAAUAGGUACCUGUCCUAAUCAUACAAUGGCUUCGUACCUUGGUCUCGAGAAGAACAUAUCCUACUACACCAUUCCCGCAGCAGUCGUCCUUGCCUUGCUGCCGAGAGUAUACUCAGGGCUUACGGGCCCAGGCAAGAAGGUCUUCGACGGGAACAAUCCGCGGCUCUUCACGCAGGCGCUAGAGAAAUCAGACCUCGACAAGAGACUAAAAGGCCGCCUCCAGCGCGCCGAAGCCGCAACGGCAAACGCCUUCGAAACGCUCGGCUUUUACGCCGCCGCCGUGACGGCCGGCAACGCGGGAGGUGUCUCGGCCGAGACCCUGAAUAACCUAUCUCUUGGUUAUCUAGUUAGCCGUAUCUUUUACACCUGGAUAUAUAUUUGGGGCCAGGAGAACCGGAAGUGGAUCUUGGUCCGGACGAAUGUCUGGGGCGUCAGUAUGGGGUUGACCAUGGCCAUGUUUGUGCUGGCUGGGAUGAGGGGGGAUGCGGGGGGUAUAUAAGGGUGUUUUAUUUACGUGGUAAGUACGGAUAUC